AUGUUUCUUACUCAUCUGUUUGGUCUCCUGGCCACCACGGCCGGCCUGGCCAAGGCCGUCAAUAUCACCGGCUAUGAAUAUGUUGUCGUUGGUUCUGGUGCUGGUGGUGGUCCUUUGGCCGCCCGCCUCGCUAUGGGCGGUCACAAGACGCUUUUGCUUGAGGCUGGUGAUGAUCAGGGUGAAAAUUACAACUACACGAUCCCUGCCUACUCUGCCAGAGCAUCCGAGGACGAGAAAAUGUCGUGGAACUUCUUCGUACACCAUUAUGAAGAUGAUGAGCGCCAGGCUCGCGAUUGGAAGGCAAGCUACGACACACCCGAUGGGGGGCUAUACACCGGUCUGAAUCCUCCCGAGGGUUCAACAUUGAAGGGAACGCUCUAUCCUCGUACGGGCACUCUGGGUGGAUGCACUGCUCAUAACGCCUUGAUUGCAGUCUAUCCUCACCAAUCCGACUUCGAAUAUAUCUCGACCCUCACUGGUGAUAGCUCUUGGACACCCGACAACAUGCGCAAAUAUUUCGCCAAGCUGGAGAACAAUGGUUACUUGCUUCCUGGGGCUAAGGGUCACGGUUAUGAGGGCUGGCUGUCAACUGAGACCGCACCCCUUAGCAUUGUUUUGGAGGACCCUCAGCUGCUAAGCAUGUUGACCGGUGGUGCAUUUGCUCUUGGUAACUUGACCGAUAAUGUUAUGAACAUCGGCACCCUACUGGCUGGCGAUGCUAAUACCGAUACGAAGUCCCGUGAUACCGACGAUGGCUACUACCAGAUCCCUAUCGCGACGGACGAUGCCCACCGUAAUGGCGCUCGCGAAUUUAUCAUUGCUGUACGGGAUGCUAAGAACACUGAUGGCUCUAAGAAGUACCCCCUUGAUGUCCGUAUGAACACGCACGUCACCAAGGUGACCUUCAAUGAGACCGCCAACCCUCCUCGUGCUACCGGUGUCGAGUUCCUCGAUGGCGAACAUCUCUAUAAGGCUAGUCCUAUGUCUGACUCUGCUCUGGACGGUAUCCCCGGCUCCGCCAGUGCUUCUCGUGAGGUUAUCGUCGCUGGUGGUGUCUACAAUUCGCCCCAGAUCCUCAAAUUGAGUGGUAUUGGCCCCGCCGAUGAACUUAAGAAAUUUGGUAUUAAGGUCAUUAAGGAUCUCCCUGGCGUCGGCACCAACCUCCAAGACCACUACGAGAUCUCUGUGCAGGGCACGAUUGAGAAGGACUUCUCCUGUUUGAACAAAUGUACCUUUAGCAUCCACGACCAGGAGGAUCCUUGUAUCAACGAAUGGGAGUCUCCUAUUCUCGGCGACCGCGGUAUCUAUUCAUCCCCCGGUUUAGCCGCGACUAUGCUCUACAAGAGCUCCACGGCCGACGAUAACUGGGAUAUUUUCUGUUUCGGUGGACCUGUCAACUUCCGCGGGUACUUCCCCGAUUACAGCAUCAACGCCACCGACGAACACAACUGGUUCACCUGGGCUAUCCUCAAAGCUCAUCCCCGCAACUCGGCCGGUACCGUUGCCCUGCAGUCCGCGGACCCCCUUGAUAUGCCCAAAAUCACCUUCAAUUACUUCGAUACCGGUGUCGGUGACUACGCAGCCGAUCUCACUGCUCUCUACGAAGCCGUUGAGCUCGCUCGCGAUGCCUUUGAUCGGCAGCUCGUCAACAUCACCGAAGUCCUCCCAGGUGCGGCUGUCCAGUCCAAGGAGGAUAUUGAGACCUAUAUCAAAGAUGGUGCCUGGGGCCAUCACGCCUCUUGCACCUGCCCCAUUGGUGCCGAUGACGACCCGAUGGCUGUAUUGGACUCCAAGUUCCGUGUGCGCGGUGUCUCUGGUCUUCGUGUCGUUGAUGCUUCUGUCUAUCCCAAGAUUCCGGGUACUUUCACGGCUGUCUCUACCUACAUGGUUGCCGAGAAAGCUGCUGACGAUAUUCUGAGUGAGCUCAAGGCCAGCUCUAAAUAA